ACUUUGUUUCAGAACCUACGCCCGAGAUUCAGUUGGUCAGUGCCAGUUGGCUGAUUUGGUGCUAACUUAGUAGGAUAAAUACCAGUUCUGUUACUAGUGAAAAUACGUGCAGAAAAAAGACUCCAAAAUGCCAGAAACAAGUAACACGAACCCGCUCGUGAUCGUGCUCGAUUUCCUGCUGCUGCUGCUGAAGGCGACAGUGAACUUCGUGGUUUCCAUCGUUUACCUUUUCGCGCCUCCACCGGCGGUCGACGUUAAUGGGGACAUCGUUCUAAUCACCGGAGCCGGCCAUGGCAUGGGCAAAUGCCUCUCGCUGCAGUAUGGCGCCCUGGGGGCCACCGUCGUGUGUGUGGAUAUCAAUGAGAAAACCAACUUGGAAACCGUCGCGGAAAUCAAGAAGAAGGGUGGCAAAUCGUUUGGCUUUGUAUGUGAUGUCACCGACCGGAAGCAAAUCUUCGAGCUGAUCGAAAAAAUCAAGGUGCAGGUUGGAAUUGUUAGCAUCUUGGUUAACAAUGCUGGAAUUAUGCCAACUCAUCCGCUGCUUCAGCAGAGCGAGCAAGAGAUAACAAAGACUUUCCAAAUUAAUGUUCUAGCGCACUUCUGGCUUCUCCAAGCAGUCAUUCCGGAUAUGGUGACGCGGAACCGUGGCCACAUCGUAGCAAUGUCGUCGAUUGCCGGCCUGGUUGGAUUCCCCAAUCUCGUUCCGUACUGCGGAACUAAGUUCGCGGUACGCGGCAUCAUGGAAGCAAUGUCGGAGGAAAUACGGGCCGAUCCACGAAAACCCAACAUCAAAUUCACCAGCAUCUACCCGUACAUGGUCGAUACGGGACUGUGUAAGAGACCCUACACACGGUUUCCCAGCUUGAUGAAGAUGGUCAAACCGGACGACGCAGCAGCGGCUAUCAUCGAUGCACAGCGACGUGGAAUUGUGGAAACUUCCAUCCCCAAGUACAUCCUCUAUCUGAGCACGUUCAUGCGUAUCUUCCCACUGAAAACUGGUCAAGAAUUUGGCAACUUCAUGGAUACCGGAUUGAAGUCUGAUCUGUGAAAGGGCGUUGAGCUGUAUUAAA